AUGCCUCCUUCUACCCGUACCAGGUCUGUCGAGCCUGUAGCGGCAUUCAAAAAGGCAAAGUCUGCCAAAGAUUCUUCCCAAUCGGCGUCAAAACCACCAGCAAAGAAAGUCAGAAUAGUAGCACCGCAGAAUGAAAAAGAGGCUGCGCGCGAAGAUGAUGCAAGUGCAGUGGGCCCAAAGCCUCCAGCGAAGAGUGGCCAAGAUGAUGGUUUUGAUGCUCUUCUCGAGCCUUUCUACCAAGGAAAAUCUCUGACAGAUCCCAUCGAUACAGCAAAGGACAAAUGGAACCUUCUUCCGGCAUUCUUGAAGGUGAAAGGUCUCGUCAAACAGCAUAUCGAUUCUUACAAUUUCUUCAUCGAUGUCGACCUUAAGAGAAUUGUCAAGGCCAACCAGACCAUACUCAGCGAUAUAGAUCCAAAGUUCUACAUCACUUACACAAACAUAUAUGUCGGGAGACCAACCCGCCAUGACGAGGAUCUAGCCGACAUGUCUCGCGCUAAAUGGACGUCCACAGUCACUCCUAAUGAAUGCAGGUUGCGCGACACGACAUACUCAGCACCAAUUCUCGUCGAUUUAGCCUACUGGCGCGGCGUGCGGGAGGUUCGCAGGAAGGGUAUGGUUAUUGGGCGGCUUCCCGUAAUGUUAAGAAGUUCUAGGUGCAUCCUCUCAGACAAAUCUGAGAAUGACAUGGGGCAGCUUCAAGAAUGUCCACUGGACCCCGGCGGUUACUUUGUGAUCAAUGGAACAGAGAAAGUAAUUCUAGUUCAAGAGCAAAUCAGUAAGAACAGAGUCAUUGUCGAGAAAGGUACCAAACACGGGAUAGUUCAGGCUUCCGUGACAUGCUCAACACACGAGCGAAAGUCGAAAACAUACGUCGUCAUGAGGCACGAUCGGAUAUACUUGAAGCACAACUUUCUGAACGAAGACCUCCCAAUAGUGUUGGUGCUUAAAGCUUUGGGGAUUCAUUCAGACCACGAGAUAAUGCUGCUUACUGCGGGGCACGAUGCAUCUUACCAAGAUACCUUCGCCGUCAACUUUGAGGAGUGUGCGAAGCUAGGCAUCACUACUCAACAUGAAGCGUUGGAGUACAUUGGGCUCAAGAUCCAAAUCAAAGGGAGAAUCACUUCAUCGGAUCAACGACGCAAAUACUCACAAGAGGCAGUAGAAGCUCUAUCCAACGUUAUAUUGAACCACGUUCCUGUGCAUGGGUUGGACUUCCGCCCGAAAGCUCUGUAUGUGGCGGUCAUGGUCAGGAGAACACUAAUGGCCUUCCAUGACAGCACAUUAGUAGAUGACCGAGAUUACUAUGGGAACAAGCGACUUGAGCUGGCUGGCCAGCUUCUGUCGUUGCUCUUCGAGGACCUUUUCAAGAAAUACAACCAUGACAUAAAAAUCGCCAUCGACAAAGUAUUGAAGAAACCAGUGCGAACAGAGGAAUUUGACGCUCUGAGGUAUCUAACCAUGCAACAAAACCACAUUACCGCCGGUAUUCAAAGAGCUGUUGCUACAGGAAAUUGGGACUUGAGACGAUUCAAGAUGAAACGAGCGGGCGUUACACAUGUCUUGAGUCGGCUAAGUUACAUCAGUGCUUUGGGCAUGAUGACUAGGAUCUCAAGUCAAUUUGAGAAGACCAGAAAAGUGUCCGGACCGCGGGCACUGCAACCGUCACAAUUUGGCAUGCUGUGUCCAUCGGAUACGCCUGAGGGAGAAGCCUGCGGUUUGGUUAAGAACCUAGCUUUGAUGACACAUAUAACCACCGACGACGAACAAGGUCCUGUAAAAAAGCUGGUGUUUGCACUUGGAGCGCAAGACAUUACCGUGGUUAAUGGUAUAGACAUAUAUGGUGACGGCGCCCAUAUUGUAUUCAUCAAUGGUACCCCUGUUGCCCUAACCCAUCACCCGAGGCACUUUAUCACUAGUAUUCGGAAGCUUCGCCGAUCUGGUCGUGUCUCUGAAUUCGUCAGCGUCGCUCUCAACGGUCAUCAGAGUGCAGUGCAUAUCGCAACGGACGAGGGGAGAAUUUGUCGUCCUCUAAUAAUCGUCGAGAAAGGCAGAUCCAAGGUGACUGCUCGUUCGCUACAAGCUCUACGCAAAGGCAAGAUUGGCUUCGAUGAUUUUCUUUCCCGAGGUCUCGUCGAGUAUCUAGAUGUCAAUGAAGAGGAUGAUUCCAACAUCGCGAUGAACGAGUCCAAUAUCAAUCAGACGACCACUCAUCUCGAAAUUGAGCCGUUCACCAUUCUGGGAGCUGUGGCAGGACUCAUUCCUUACCCUCACCACAAUCAGUCGCCUCGAAACACCUAUCAAUGCGCUAUGGGAAAGCAAGCUAUUGGCGCCAUUGCACACAAUCAGUUUACCCGCAUCGACAGUAUCCUCUACGUCCUCGUCUACCCCCAAAAACCCCUCGUCAAAACGCGAGCUAUCGAGCUCAUCAAGUAUGACAAACUUCCUGCUGGCCAGAACGCAGUUGUGGCAGUGAUGUCCUACUCAGGAUACGACAUCGAAGAUGCCCUCGUCCUCAAUAAAGCCUCAUGCGAUCGAGGUUUUGGACGCUGCCAAGUCUUUCGUAAAUACAACACCAUCCUUCGAAAGUGGCCGAACGGCUUGGAAGAGCGUGUAGGUGACCCUCAUUAUGAGAACGGUUGGCCCGUCAAAAAGCAUGCCAUUCUUGAUGAACAUGGUCUUGCCCAAGUUGGCGAAAAGAUCUCGCAUGGCGAUGUCUACAUCAUGAAGCAGACUCCCGUCAAUCCUCACGCCAGUAGCAUCGGUAGCGAGUGGGGUAGCGGUGAGUACAAAGAUGCACCAAUGGCGUACAGACUUCCAGACCCCAGCCAUAUUGAUAAAGUCCUGGUCUCCAUCAUGGAGUCGGAGCAUAAGCUCAUCAAGGUCCAAACCCGCCAGACAAGAAGGCCAGAAGUUGGCGACAAAUUUUCUUCCCGCCACGGUCAGAAAGGUGUCGUAGGUCUCAUUGCUGAGCAGGUGGACAUGCCUUUUACCGACGACGGAAUCGUGCCCGACAUCAUCAUGAACCCGCACGGCUUCCCCUCUCGUAUGACAGUCGGUAAAAUGCUCGAGCUCGUCUCUGGCAAAGCUGGCGUGCUUGCAGGAGAUCUGCAAUAUGGCACAGCAUUUGGUGGCAGCAAGGUCGAGGAUAUGGGAGACAUACUGAUCAAGCACGGUUUCAGCUACGGUGGUAAGGACUUCGUUACGAGUGGCAUCACGGGCGAGAGCCUACCAGCCUACGUCUUCUUCGGUCCCAUCUACUAUCAGAAACUCAAGCACAUGGUCAUGGACAAAAUGCACUCUCGUGCUCGUGGUCCUCGCGCAACCCUUACACGGCAACCAAUGGAAGGGCGUUCUCGAGAUGGUGGUUUGCGUUUGGGAGAGAUGGAACGUGACUGCUUAAUCGCCUAUGGUGCCAGUCAACUGCUACUAGAGAGGUUGAUGCUGAGCAGUGAUGCGCAUGUCGUGGAUAUAUGUGCGACAUGCGGUAUGAUGGGGUAUUCCGGGUACUGUCAGAGCUGUAAGAAGACGGAGGGAAUGACGAAGAUGACAAUUCCAUACGCGGCGAAGCUUUUGAUACAGGAGUUGUUGAGUAUGAAUGUGGUGGCCAGAGUGGGGUUGGAGGACGAAUUUCCUGCGUAA